AUGCGUCCAUAUGCCAUCUACGAGCACCCCGAUUUCAGCCUCUCCGCUGAAUCCGUAUCAACGUUGCGAAAGAUUGCAGCGGCUUUGACUGCCGUUGCUGCAUCCAGUGCAGCCGUGUAUGAGUAUAUCGCCCACGUUGGUACCGGGCAGGGAAGUUCAACACUUCUUUAG